AUGAGGGUGAUCAUUACUUCAUGGGGACACAAAUUUAUCAUGGAAGUGAAUGUCAAGGAACCAGUUGUUGAAAUCAAAAGGAAGAUAGAACAAGUGUUGGGUGUCCCUUUGGCUUCCCAAACCCUUGCAGUGUGUGGCUGGGAGUUAAUAGAUGGAUUAGACAUGGAAGAUUACCCAAUUGUCACUGAAGGUACUACCAUUGACCUCACCAUCAAAUGGACUGGAUUCGGAACUCCUUUGAAUUUAUACCAUAAUUCUAGUGGUAAAAUUCAAAUUACCAUCAAGUUUUCCGCAAGGCAGCUUCCCAUGGAGGUUGAUGCAUCCGAAACAGUCUGUAGCCUUAAAGAAAAAAUACAUAUCAUGGACGGUACCCCGAUCAAGAGGAUGUCGCUCUUCUUCUGUGGAAUUGAGUUAGACGAAGAUUUUCGCAAUCUAAGUGAGUACGGGAUACAUUCAUUUUCGGAGAUUGUUGUGUUCCUCAAGGCUAUGAGUCGUCCGAGAGAUGAGCCGACGGCAAGAAGGUUGAGUGUAGUGCUACAAACAUCGUCAAGUUUACUCAACGCGGCAACGAUUCCGUUGGAAGUGAAGGAUUUGAGCACGGUUAAUGAGUUGAGGCAAUUGCUUUUGAGCAGGAAAAUUCUGCCAAUGGAUGAUUACUUGUUUAUACACAAGCAGAGGAUCAUGCGUGACAAUUGCAGCCUCAGGUGGCAUGGUGUUGGUGAUGGAGAUUUCCUAUAUGUGUUUAAAGGGACCAUUUGUCACAGCGAAUGCUGA